AUGUCCAAACGCCAAGUCGCGGAAGCAUUCGGAAGUGUCACUGAUUUUGGCUCUCCGGCUCCGAAAAAAACGCGGCGCGACAGCGUCUCCGAUAUAUACCAUGGAACAAGUCUGCCAGAGCGGCUCAAGGCAGUAGAGAUUGAUGAUGAUGACCACGGAGAAGACGAGCCAGAGCCAGCUGUCGUAAGGCAGAAUGCCCCACUUGAAGGAUUUAAUGACUUAUACUUGGAUACAAUAAACAGAGGUGUCCUAGACUUUGACUUUGAGAAACUAUGUUCCGUUUCCCUCUCCAACAUCAACGUUUACGCCUGUCUCGUAUGUGGAAAAUACUUCCAAGGCCGCGGACCGAAAUCGCAUGCUUACUUCCAUUCUCUCGAAGUCGGCCAUCAUGUCUUUAUCAAUAUGCAAACCAAAAAGAUAUACGUUCUGCCAGAAGGCUAUGAGGUCACGAACAAGAGCCUAGGCGAUAUCAAGUUUGUCGUAGACCCAACCUAUACAAAAGAGCAAGUCAAAGCGCUUGAUAGGGAGGCAAAGACAGCCUGGGCAUUGAAUGAGAAAGAAUAUUCGCCUGGAUUCGUGGGAAUGAAUAAUAUCAAGGCAAAUGAUUACUUCAAUGUGGUAGUUCAAGCACUCUCACAUAUUCCGCCUCUUCGAAACUACUUUCUAUUAGAAGAUAUGUCGGCGAAGCCAGAGCUUGCAAAGCGUCUAUCUAUACUCAUUCGAAAGAUAUGGAACCCUCGCGCUUUCAAAUCACACGUCUCGCCCCAUGAGUUACUGCAAGAAAUUUCCCUACGAUCAAACAAAAAGUUCACCCUCACUCGUCAAUCCGAUCCCGUCGAAUUUCUCUCUUGGUUUCUCAACAACCUUCAUCUUGCUCUCGGCGGUAGCAAAACUAAGCCUGGUAGUAGCAUGAUCCAGCAUGUAUUCCAAGGGAAACUGAAAGUCGAAUCGCAGGCCAUUACCGCCAAAGCAGAUGCUGGAGAUCGCCUACGCUUUGAAGAAGCUGCCUCUGUUCAGACAGAGAUUACCCGCUUCAUGCUACUCACCCUCAAUCUUCCGUCAGCACCGCUUUUCCAGGAUGAGCUUGAACGAAAUAUUAUUCCUCAAGUACCCCUGACCUCCAUCCUCUCCAAAUACGAUGGAAUUCGAGGUCAAGAGCAUCUUAAUCAGCGCAAACGAUAUCGACUUCUACACCCACUCCCCCCUUAUCUUCUUUUCCAUAUAAAGCGCUUUAGCACGAAUAAGUUUGUCUCGGAGAGGAACCCUACCAUUGUAACUUUUGAUGCGCGAAAUCUUGACAUGUCCCCUUACGUUGAGCCAAAUCCUCAGAUACACAAAGUUGGCGAACCUAUUUGGUAUGAUCUGGUCGCCAAUAUCGUGUAUGAGGCUAUCACGGGGAGAGACCAGGGGGAAGAGGGAAAGAGUUGGAAAGUACAAAUACAAGAUCGGGGGAAAGGUGAAUGGAAAGUGAUUCAAGAUUUAUUUGUGGAGGAGAGUCAGAAGGAACUUCUAUAUCUUGGUGAAAGUUAUUUGCAGAUGUGGGAAAGGCGUCGGGAGAAAAAGGGAAAGGGAAAAAAAUGA